AUGGCUAAAAAGUCGGAUAAUACCGGGGGCAAACUGGUCACGGUGUCAGUCGUCGGUCUUUCUGGUACAGAAAAAGAAAAGGGGCAGCUUGGCGUGGGCAAAUCUUGUUUGUGCAACAGAUUUGUGCGCAUGCACGCCGAUGACUACAACGUGGACCACAUUUGCGUGCUGAGUCAGUCUGACUUCAGCGGACGAGUGGUGAACAACGACCAUUUUUUGUACUGGGGCAGCGUGCAGAAGGAGAAUGAUGAGCAGGAGUACAGGUUCGAGCUCGUCGAGCAGACUGAGUUUGUGGACGAUGCGUGCUUCCAGCCGUUUAAAGUUGGCAAGACUGAAGCUUACAUAAAGAGAUGUGUGGCUACGAAGUUGCAGUCAGCUGAAAAGUUGAUGUACGUUUGCAAGAAUCAGCUGGGUAUUGAGAAGGAGUAUGAGCAGAGGCUGAUGCCUGAUGGCAAGCUCACCGUGGAUGGCUUCCUAUGUGUGUAUGACGUCAGUCUCGUACCUGGAAGGACUUGGGAGAAGCAGAAUGAAGUCCUUGCAGCAAUCCUCCAAAACAUCCUCAAACUCAAAAAGCCAGUUGUUCUCGUCACGUCCAAAAAUGACGAGGCUUGCGAGCAAGGCGUUCGGGAAGCUGAACGCUUAGUUCAGCGUAAGGAGUUCAAAGGGUCUAUCCCUAUAGUCGAAACGUCCAGCCAUGAUAAUGUGAAUGUGGACCAGGCUUUCUUCUUGUUAGCACAGAUGUGCGACAAGUCGAAGGCUAGGAUUAAGGUAGCUAAUUACGCGGAGGCGUUACGAAUAAGAAGGGAGACAUUGGACUUCGUGACUGAAGCCUUCACGCAGCUUAUCAGAGUGCACGUACAGGAUCAUAAGGAAAUGUGGUCGGCAGCUAGCAAGAGGUUGUGUAAUUAUCCAGAGUGGAUUAAGUUUGUUCAGCAGUUUGGAAAUGAUGGGACUCAGGUGGUAUUUCGACGUCACAUCCGAAGACUGAAAGAGGAGCGAUCAGCCAAGAAACUACGUAAGCAGCUCGCUAAAUUACCACAGAUUCUGUCCAGAAUGCAGCUGCCCACUGAAGAUUUGCAGGAGAGUGACUGGUCGAUGGUAGUCCGUCAGCUCCGCACGCACCGUGACUUCUCGGUGUACUUCAGCGAGGGUCGGGCGCAGGACUCGGGCUCGGAGUCAGGUUCCGACCUGGAUAGCCCGCUAGCCAUGGACACCACGUUGAGAGUUGGCGAGCGGGCCAGGUACCAGACAUUGGGACAGUCACAGAAGAUUCCAUACGAAAUUCUGGAGUCAAACGAGGCGGCGAGUGUAUUCAAAACAUUCUUACACGAAGCACAAGAAGAGCAUAGAAAUUACGAAUGGUGCCAACAAUUCAAACGUUUAUUAGAAGAGACCGGUUAUGUGACACCUGGGAAGCAAUUGUCUGAAGUCCGAGUACUUCUCAUGGGUCGGGAAUGCUACGAGGCCUUGUCUGAGGAACAGCAGCAGAGGGUCUACGAUCAACACCAGAGGCAAAUACAGAGACGCGCCAAGGACAAUUUUCAGGAGCUGCUAUUGGAACACGCAGAUCUCUUCUACCACUUCAAGAGUAUAUCACCAACGGGUACAAUCACGCAAGAAGACAUCAAAGAAAUCACUGACGUACUGCAAGAUGACUUUAGGUACAAAAUGCUAGACCGCAUGGAACAAGACAGGAAGCUGAUGUUGUUUCAGCACUUGGGUUUCGUGCACUGUCCGAUGCGCGAGCACUGUCCAGCUGGCUCUAAUUGUUUAGACGCCACUUUACCUGUUAUACUAAACACCAGAGUCGGGUCCCUGACGUCGACGGGCGAGUCGCAGUGCCACGGCGGGCCGCCCGCCGCCCCCUGGGCGCUCACUACGGACUCCAACUUGAUCAACGUCAUCAUAUUGGGGAUGGAGGGCGUGGCGGGCGAGUUCAGCAAGCGUCUGCUGGCGGGCUGCGACGCCGAGCGGCGCGUGGCCGUGGGCGCCGCCGCCUGGCGCCUCGACCUGCGCACGCGCACCGACGACUUCAGCUCAGAGAACACCAACAUCGACGACUUCGCGCCCAACGGCUAUUUCUGUGUUUACCAAGACCAAGAAUCUUUCGAAUACAUAAGAGCUUGUGCUGAAAAGACACUACUUUCAAGUCUCGAGCAAGAAGACAAGUUGCCGUUUCAGGGAUUACCUUUAGUGGUUAUGUUCGUACAAGAUGAGGGCAUGGACAAGAAAGAAUUAACGAGGCUACAGGAAGAAGGACAGAAUCUGGCCGACAACUUACACUGUUCGUACAUGGAGGCGACAGUGAACGAACUGGGAACGGAAGCGUUGACAGCAGACGCUAUACAAGAAUUAGUGAGAGCCAACAGAGAGAAAGCUAGCUACGCGCACUUGUAUAGAGACGUUAUCGUGUGUUUUGAUUCGGACAUCAGGAUAAUGGUGUGUAUGUUUUGCGACGAUCCAUAUUCUCCAGAACGUGUACUGAGCCCUCUGCUGCUACACCGAGCAUGUUUCCUGACCGGUGACCGGUCGAUCGUUAUCGAGACCUUCCUCGGUGACUCCAAGAGAAAAGUGGAGGUAAUAAUAUCAAGUUUCCAUGGCGCGACUCAGUUUAGGGAGGAACUCAUCCACGGCUUUAUACUCAUAUACUCAGCAAAAAGAAAAGCCAGUUUAGCUACCCUGAAUGCUUUCUCGAUGAACAUCCCUAACCUGCCGAUCCAAAUGGUGGCGGUGACGGACGGGGGCGGUUCGGCUGCGAGCACGUUCUUCGGCACCGACCUCGGCCACGCGCUCAUCACGGAGGGGAACGCCACGGCCGACCGCCUCGGCGCUCACUUCACCACUUACACUUCCAGUGCUGAGAAUAAAUCCGCGUUCUACACGCCGUUCUUCAAGGAGGUGUGGGAGCGCAAGGGCGAGAUCGAGCGCGCCUUCCGCAUGGAGCAGCCGCACAACCUGCCCGACGUGGCCGCCGCCCGUCCCGCCCCCCCGCCCCGCAACCACUCCUACCACCUCAACCACAUGAGAGAACACAAAUUGACCAACUCACUCGACCUUCUGAUCGGGCCGGACUCGAGAGCUGACAUCGACUCCGAAUACAGUGACACAUUGAAUAAUUCCAAGAAUAGAGGCUUCUUGAAAGGUUUUAGUGUAUACCCUCCACCCAGUACACCGCCAGAGCCAGCACCACCAGACCAUCGGAUGCACCCAGAUCUAUCACAUGGUGGUGGGUUAUGGCAGCCGGCCAGCUACGGACACCGCGCGUUCACGACGGGACGAACGCGCCCGCACGCUCCUCCACAGAGGGUCAGGCACUCGCAAACACUGAAGCAACCGGGUAAAUUGGAUAUGAACAAUUAUACGAUGGUGAGCGAUGCACUGCAACACAUCACAAUCGGACCUCCGGCACAUUCAAGAGAUAGGAAGUCUCAACGUACUGGAUGGACCCAUUCGAGCGGCCAAGCGGGAGGACACCACCAUCCUUCAGGAGUCAGCUCCGAGACAGAACUAGACGCGCAAUAUGCACAGAUAAAAGAAGCGAACGAGUAUAUGGAGGCGCCGUCCAUGAUGAGGCCGAGAAGACAUCGGAGACAUGACAAAACUCCACUCCAUCAGCCAUCGUUCUCGGAGACGGACAGCUCGGGCUCGAGCUCGGCGUCGGGCGGGGGCGGGGGCGGGGGCGGUGCGGUGGGGGGCGCGGGCGCGCGCCUGCCGCGGCGCCGACACAACGCGCACCACGCGCCGCGACACUACAAGAAACGAUCUUUAGGAAACUUAGUAGCCGUCCAAAGCCCGCGAGUCCCAAAACUGGGCAUGUUCGUGGGACCGCCUGAACUGCCCACUGGCUAUAGGGGCAGAACACAAGAAGAUAAAGCUGCGAGCGAGUCAAGUGAAGGAAGUUCUGAUGGGGAAACGAGAAGGCCAAGGCCUUUGCCUCCACCUCCACACCAUGAACCAGCACACAAGUAUAAAGAUUUACCAAAGACCUUUCUGCAGAACAUGACGUCAAUGCUCUCUGGCGAGUACCCCUCGUCCGCGCAGGACAACUCCUCGUCCAGCGCCGCCGACACUCGUCGACGUCACCACCCCUUCAGCAAGCACGACCGUAGGCAUAAGGAAUUUUCGAAGAGCAAAGAUUCAAAGAAAAAUUCAUCUCAGUUGAACAACACGCAAUCAAUACAGAACUGGGGACCUCCGGGAUCGCACGGUGUCCCUCUUUUCGUUGAGAAGUGCGUAGAGUUCAUAGAGAGGGAAGGACUCGCGUCAGAGGGAUUGUAUCGAGUGCCAGGCAACCGUGCCCACGUCGACAUGUUGUUUACUAAGUUUUACGAAGAUCCUAAAGUGGAUUUAGAUACUCUAGACAUUCCGGUGAACGCAGUAGCGACCGCGCUCAAGGACUUUUUCUCAAAGAAACUGCCGCCAUUGCUCGACGAAGCCAGUAUGGUGCAGUUAGAAGACAUUGCAACGAUGCGCGGCUGCAUCGCGGGCGGCGUGGAGCUGAAGGACCGCAGCUGGCGCCUGCUGGCGCUGCGCUCGCUGCUCAACACGGCGCUCACGCCGCUCGCCAGCGCCACGCUCGACUACCUGCUCGAGCACUUCGCCAGGGUGGCAGAUAACUCUAAACUGAAUUCAAUGGAUAGCAAGAACCUGGCCAUAUGCUGGUGGCCAACGCUGCUCCCGGUCCAGUUCUCCGAUAUGGGUCGCUUCGAGAUGACUCGACCGAAGCUUUUGUUAUGGUGUGAGGACAGUGUGAACCCACAAUGCAGGUUGCAUUUGUGA